AUGAUAGGAUUCUGCAUAACUGGGAGGUUGAUGAUCCUUGUAUUCAUUCUGCUUAGCCCCAAAGGAUCGUGCCAAAGGCAGUGCAAGGAAUUAAGGUGCGGACGUCAUGGUCCUGUGGUUCGAUUUCCCUUCCGACUCAAAGAUAGGCAUCCGGUUGAGUGUGGCUAUCCUGGCUUUGAUAUCACUUGUUCUCAUUAUCGCCAGCUCCUUAUCGACCUGCCCACAACUUCAGGUCCGGUAAGCCUCUCCAUCAGGAACAUUUAUUACCGAUCGCAGAAAAUUGAACUCUACGAUCCCCGAAGUUGCCCUCAGAGCCUGUUUCCUAAACUCUACAACUCCAAACCAUCACCCUUCAAAUUUGAGCCAUCAGAUGAAUUUCAAAACAUUACUUUCCUCAACUGUUCUUCAUUUGACUAUCCAGACAGAUAUCAUAUUAUGAAGAUGAUAUCAAUCAAGACAUGUUAA